CCAAGUAGGCCUGAUGUCGCUUGUCAAACGGUAGUAGCAGUUUUGAAUCAUGCUUCGCAAAAAAACAGUGCCAUCUCAAAUCGGAUCAUGGAAUACAAAAAAGCCCAUGCAUCAAGUACCAGAGGGCCGCCAACAGCUUUCUCGACCAAUUUCAACAGUUUCAGCACGUCAGGUGAAAACGUUGCAAUGUUCAGGUCGACCAAAAAGUAGUGAUAACAGCAUCAGUAGGCAGCCCACUCCCACGACACAGCGCCGCCCUUGGUCCUCCAGUGUAUUGCUGGAGAAAAUGUCUACUACUACAAUCGAACCGAUUCAUGAGCUUGGACACAUACCAGCUUAUUUGAGAAAAAAAAGGUCCUUUAUUUCAAACUGCGAACCGAUGAGGGAAGUUGAUUGUUUUCCGAAAAUUGAAGAUGAAAAUCCACCCUCCUUGGUACCAAGUGAACUCCUCGACAGGCAGAAAACCUUUGUGCGGAGGGAAACAAUUUUAAGUGACACAUUUUCAGCAGAAGAAAGAAAUGCCGAAGAAACUUUCGGCCAUGUCAGUACCAGUCAGAAAGAAUCGACAAUUAACGAACCAAAUUCUCACAACGAAAUGCAAGUAUUGCUUAUCCCAAUAGCGGAUAACUCAUUACCCAAACAAUGUUCUUGCGAUCACGCUGCACUAAAACUGCGGGAUCAGCGGAUCGAAGAACUGGAGACCUUUAUGGUUGAUAUUCGAGGCGAACUGGUCAGGCUGUACACCGAGAGAGAUCAACGCGAACACGAGAUUCAAAGGCUCAAUAAAAAGCUAGAAGCGUUGAAAGAGAAUGAAAAAUUGAUCGAAGAAAUUUCUCAAUUGACUUCAAAGGUGAACAAAUUGCAGAAUGAAAACGAGAAUUUUCGAAGACAUCGAUGCCAAUUUGAAAACGAUUGUAACGAGAUUGGAGAUCGGCUGACCACCCAGGAAGCCCCACUUGAUAGCCGUUUGCAAGAUAGUGGAAGACAACAAUCCGCUGUAGAGCGACUAGAAGGUAAAUUGAACAAAUAUCGGAUAUCACGUGCAAAGUUGAGAUCGAUGCUUGGUCUGAUGAUAGUGGAAAAUCAUCGAAUGAAAUUUAUUAUUGAAAAACACCAUAACGAGAUUGAGGCCAAUCGCGAUGGAGGUGAAGAACAAUUGAUUCCCGGUGAGUUCGAAGGAAUCGGCAUCAAUAGAGUUGUUCUGCACAAACAGCUCAGAAAUCACAAGAGGCUCCAGCAAAGAUCCAUUGCAGUUAGAAAAUAUGAAACAUAAUGACGAAUAUCAACUAUGUAAAAUUGAAGAGUAUAAUCCACGGAAAAUCCACCCGCAAUAGUCAGUUUGCUCUUGCAGAAUACUGAUUAUUAAUAUUUUAGAUGUGACAAUGACCACAUUGACAACUGGGAUAGAAUUCUUAAAAUCGCCUACAAAAAAAACACUAUUCUAUUGUUUAGUUCAAAAAUUGAUAAUUUGAUCUACGGGAUUAU